AUGUCAGCGCCGCCCGCAUGCUUGAAGAGCAGAAUGAACACGAAAACAUUGUUGGAGGCUUUACCAGGAGAGAUUUUUUGCCUGAUCCUGGACCAUCUUCACCUCCCAGCGGUAAAAGAGAUUUCGCGCGUGAGCAAGCUUCUCAGAGAGCGAUGUUUGCCAUUUAUCUUUGGCGAUGUCAUUCUGGACUUUACUGAAGGGAGCUUUGCCCGCUUGGACAAUGUCAGAGAAUCCCGAUUAUGUCAUUUUGUCACAUCUCUAGGGUUUAAGUUAGGCAGAGCCAAAGCAGUGCAUUACGCCACCGGCUUUCCCAAUCUUGGGUCAGUGAGCACCGCCGGGGACGUGGUAAAACCCGCGGAGAGCAUGCAUAUCACAUUCCCUAAUGCGGCCCUCUGGGUUGCGAAUCAGUCCAGCAUCGGCGACGCCGACAUGCAGCGAGCCAUCAAUUUUCUAGUGUCUUUCCCUCGGUUACAGAAAGUAACAAUCCGUAUCCAGAAACAGGAUGACGCAAGCGUACCACUGCAAGAUCCACUAGGUUUAUACACGCUAUGUCAGGACAGGAAGUACAAUGUGACUCAGGUCUGUACCCUUGCCAGGGGUAUCAGCAGCUCCAGGCAGCAAGGUCUCGACUUGAGAGGCAUUUGCCUUUCCAACCUGUUUUACCCCGCUUUCUCGACCAAUAGUGAGCGCAGCGAGCUGGCAGAGUGCCUUGAGCAUCUCCUCCGGGAUAUUCCGUCCAUACAGGUUGCUGGCGAUGGCUUUCCAAUCGAACUUCUCUGUCGGCGCAGCAUCGGUCUCCAACAGCUAGACUUGAAAUCUCUGAUGUCAUUUGGCACGCUGAAAAGCUUCCUUCACACCAACUCUCAAUCUGUCCGUAUCUUGGAAAUAUUUGAUGUGGUUCUCACUCAGAUGCCUGAUUGCGGACCAAAUUCUCUGCCAAUGCAGCAACUUUUAACCAGAGGCUAG